AUGGCACUAACAUCUUCAAGAGUUGAUGAGAAGCAACUAGAAUAUCCACGUAUACUUUAUCAUAUGUGUGGUUAUGAUGUUCUAGAGCAUGGGGAAAGUGAGAACAAGGGACACGUGUCAAAUUGUUUGGAACGUCUCAUUCUAUCCACAUUCGAGCAGCAUAUGGUUCAACAUGACAUGAAGUUGCUUAAUAAGAACAAAAUGGUCUUUGCAGAAUGCAAGGAGGACCACACCACCGACAAAGUUGGGUUGGUUCACUUAGCCUUGGCCUUAAAGGUCAAAGCUAAUGUUAGAUUGUUGGACCCAAUGAUGGAUAAGAAGAGAUGGCCGUGGAAGAGGAAGUCUUCUGAGAAGAGCCCCGGUGAAACUGAAAGUUCAGGAUCUGUUUCUUCUCAUUCUGAGAGGUACUCAGAUGAACAGGAGGCAUUGAAGGAAUCUCCUAGUAGAAUCAAUCACUCAACUGAUGUCACAUCAAAGGCUACGGUCUAUGCAGAAGAAGUUAACCAUAGUUCAUUCAUCAAUGAACAAUUGCCUGAAGAAGUCACCUCUAAAUCUGUACCUGCUACAGGCAUUACAAGUGAUGCUUCAUCAGUAAAAGACGAAAAUGGAGAAAAUGAAAAUAUAAAAGAUGCUAAGGAAGAUGUUCUAAAUGAUGGGUUGAGGAACAUGUCCGAGAAGCUAUCUGCUGCACUAGUGAAUGUCAAUGCGAAAGAAGACUUGGUUAAGCAGCAUGCCAAAGUUGCUGAAGAAGCCAUUGCAGGCUGGGAAAAGGCUGAAAAUGAAGUGGCAGUUUUAAAGAAACAACUUGACACAGUCAUUCUCAGGAAUUCAGUUUUGGAAGAUCGAGUCACUCAUCUAGAUGGAGCACUUAAGGAGUGUGUUAGGCAGCUAAGACAGACAAGAGAAGAGCAAGAAGAGAAUAUUUAUGAUGCUGUUGCAAAAAAGACCCAAGAAUUGGAAUCAGCGAAAAUUAAACUUGAGAACAAACUCACUGAGCUACAAAAAAGAUUAGAUGCUUCAGAAGCCAGGUCUUCUGUUGACUUUGAUAUGUGUCAAAAGCUAGAAUGUUUGGAGAAAGAGAACAUUGCUCUCAGGCAAGAGAUCCUAGUUCAAUCAGAAGAGCUGGAAAUCAGGACAAUUGAGAGGGAUCUAAGCACUCAAGCUGCUGAGACAGCUAGCAGGCAGCAUUUGGAAAGCAUCAAGAAAGUAGCCAAGCUUGAAGCUGAAUGCCGGAGAUUGAGGAGUGUUGCUUCAAGAGCUUCCUUAGUUAAUGAGCAUAAAGCUAUUGUUCAGUCCUCAUUCAGUGUUGAAUCUCUAACUGAUAGUCAUUCAGACAGUGCAGAGCGGCAUACUGUAGUGGAAAUUGAAGCUCACAAGAUGAAUGGCUCAGAGCCAAACAAGUGUGAGCCAAGUUGUUCCGACUCGUGGGCAUCUGCACUAAUUGCUGAGCUUGAUCAGUUCAAGAAUGAAAAGUGCAGACAAACUCCAUCCAGUUCUGUUAAAAUUGAGUUCAUGGACGAUUUUCUUGAAAUGGAAAGACUUGUUGCAUUGCCUGAAACUAAGAAGGAAAGCUUGGUCCAAGAGUCAGUUGUUACUAAUCAAUGCACCAACAAAGAAAGCUCUCGCAUUGUAGAGUUCGAGAUCAUGAAUCAGCAAAUCGAUGAGUUAAAAGAUAAGUUAGAGAAGGUGGAAGCUGAUAAAGCUGAACUAGAGAUAGCUUUGAUGAAAAGUGAAGAGUGUAUUGAAGAGUCACAAGUUCAGUUGAGGGAAGCAGAAGAGAAAUUGGAGGAGUUGCAAAGAGAGCUAGAAAAUGCCUACAAUUCAAAGCAAAGGGUAGAAGAUCACCUACUGGACAUGGUGACUGAGGCUCAAACAUUAUCAGUGAAGGUUGAAUUCUUAGAAGCUGAGGUUGAUAAGGAGAGGGCCGUGUCAAGUGAGAUUGCAAUGAAGUUUAGGGACUUGGAGGAAGAGUUAGAAAGAAAAUCUGCAGAGGUUGACACACUAGAAGCUGAACUUGAUAAGAAGAAGGAUGUGUCAAGUGAAAUUGCAAUGAAGUAUAAGCAGCUGGAGAAAGACCUAGAAAGUAAAUCCACAAAGGUUGAGUUGUUAGAAGCAGAGGUUGCGAAGGAAAGGGAGGAAUCAGAUAAAAUUGCAAAAAAGUUCAAGGACAUGGAGGAAGAGCUAGACUGCAAAUCUGCAAAGGUUGACAUAUUAGAAGCAGAAGUUGGUAAGGAAAGGGAAGAAUCAGAUAAACUUGCAAAAAUGUUCAAGAACCUGGAGGAAGUGCUAGAAAUCAAAUCUGCUAAGGUUGACAUAUUAGAAGCAGAAGUUGAUAAGGAAAGGGAAGAAUCAGAUAAAAUUGCAAAAAAGUUCAAGAACCUGGAGGAAGUGCUAGAAAGCAAAUCUGCUAAGGUUGACAUAUUAAAAACAGAAGUUGCUAAGGAAAGGGCGGAAUCAGAUAAAAUUGCAAAAAAGUGUAAGGACCUGGAGGAAGUGCUGAAGAGCAAGUCUGCAAAGGUUGAGUUAUUAGAAGCAGAAGUUGAUAAAGAAAGGACUGUGUCGGAUGAAAUUUCAAUGAAGUGUAAGGAUCUGGAAGAGAAGCUAGAAAGCAAAUCUGCAAAGGUUGACGUGUUAGAAGAAGAGGUUCAUAAGGAGAGGACAACUUCAAAAGAAAUUGCAAUGAAAUGUAGGGAAUUGGAGGAAGAGUUGCUUAGGUCAACUCCUAGCUCAUAUGGAGAAAAGAAGAUUAAGCAGGAGGACCUAGCAUUAGCUGCUGGAAAGCUUGCUGAGUGCCAGAAAACAAUAGCAUCUUUGGGAAAUCAGUUGAAAUCCCUGGCUACACUAGAAGAUUUCCUCAUUGACACUGCAAGCAUUCCUGCUAGUCCAUCACUCAUUGCCCAGGCUGGUGGGGAAAUGUGGAAGUUGCAUUCAAAUGGCACAUUUUCACCUAAAAGAGAUUCCAUUUCUUCAAGGUUGGCUGAUGGUAGCUCUUGUCCAUCCUCAAACAAAAAUAUGGAGACCUCGCCGGUUUCGUCAUCUUCGUCAACUUCACCAGCCAUACCAAAUCAUGUCAGUUCUGAGAGGAGUAGAAACGGUUUUGCAAAAUUUUUCUCCAGAACCAAGAGUGGGAUUCGGCUAGAAAUUUAG